CAGCGCUGCUAACCGCACUUCUCACCCCCUCUCAGUUCUUUAAAAAAACGGAAGUAAUCAGCACAAAAUAAAAAACAAUUAAAAACAUUUUGAAAACUGUGUGAAAAGCCUUGUUGGUGCAUAAUAUUGCAGAGAAUUGAAAUCAGAGGAGGGGAGAUUCCGCAAUCGAUCGAUCAAUAAACUCCGGGCAGCAACUUCUACGCUACAAAGAAAAAAGUAUAAGACAAGAAAAAAAAGCGUACAAACAAGAAACAAAUACAAAAAGAAUUAAAUAAAAGACUGAGCAACGUUCAAGCAAAUCCAAGGAACAAAAACCAACAGCAACAUAAGCAAUCUCCCACAUUUGUCUCUCUAACUGUGAAACUAGGCCCAAGAAGUCCGUGUGGAAAAGCGCAACUCUGAUCUCAGCACACCCGCCAAACUAAGAAGCAAUAAAUAAGGAAAAGCCAGCGUCUUUCACCGCCGGAUCAGCCGCAUUAACCCCGUGUAUAAUGUUAAGCAGCCUCGCCUCGUAUCUCUUUGGAUCGCCAGCAACAUCCGAAUCCGUUAGCCAAGAAGCCAAUCCCGCCCAGAACCCCAACGCGACCAACUCGAAUCCCGGCCCGACCAGCGAUCCCUCGGCCGGCGAUGUAAUUGAGGUCACCUCCUCGACGCCCUCGGUAGCGGGCAGCACUCGGGGGGCGGUACGCGCCUCCAACGGCAAGCGGGGCAAGAACAGGCGUGGCAAGCAGCAGCAGCGGAUCAGCCAGCAGCAGCAGCAGCAGCGGAAGCAGCCUUCCAUCACCAAGCUGCUGACGCCCUCGGGCGAGACCAUCGACGAGGACUUCGACGAGGACGAAUGGUAUAUUGUGGAGAAGGAAGACGAGGAGGACGACUCCCUGCCGCGCAGCGACUCGGAGGAGGAGCUCUCCGUGGUGGAGGUGUCGCAUUCGCGGGGCGGGGCCACCGCCUCCGCCGGCUCCUCGGCCGCCGGCCAUGGCCCAGUGGCCUCGUCCCGCCGGCGGCAGCACCUCAACUCGCAUUCCCUGUACAGCGGACCGAGGCCGCAGCAGCAGCGCAACUAUCUGCAACGCUCGCGAGUCGCCCGUCCGCUGAGCAUCAGCACCCUCAGCCCGCCCAGAAGUGUGCCCGCCCAGGGAUCCGCGGCGGACCCUGACAUCCUGAGCCAGUCGCUCUACGUGGCCUCGCCCAGCGGCAGCGAUCAGGGUCAGGGUCAGGGUCAAGGUCUCGGCCAGGGUGCUAACGUGCUGAUGGAGGAGUCCUGGUACGUAACACCGCCACCAUGCUUCACCUCGAUUGGGCCAAUCAAUAUGGAAACAUCACCAUUUGAGAAUCUAUUGAUUGAGCAUCCAAGCAUGUCCGUUUAUCGUAGUAUUAGGUCCACCCAGGAGGGCACCGAAAGUUUUGUUAAUCUUGAUCUCGGGGUGUCGGCGGAGGUGCCGCAGCAGCGGGAGGAUCCCGAGCCGGAGGCUGAGCCGCAGGACCAGCGCCAGGCCCUCCAGGAGCAGCGCUCCCACAACGCUCGCUUCGACCGCCAUGCGGCCGCCCAGCUGAAGCAGCAGACGCUGGCUCGUCAGAGCCAGAAGAGCAACAACAUGAAGCAGCACCAGCAGCUCUGCCGCAGUGCCAUCAAGCGGGCCAACAAGGUGCGCGACUUCCAGGCCAAGGCCAACCGCCCGCGCCGCUCGGAGAUGCAGCACUGCAAGCUGGUCAGUGGCGCCAACAACAACCGCAGCAAGUGCUGCUACUAGGCGCGCACCACUCGCACCACCCAGCACCAACACCACCACCACCCACACGCCUCCCACGCCCAACCGCCGGAGGAGCAUUACAAUCAUGGCAGGCGACGCGAUUUUAAUUAGUAUUUUAACUUAGCCCCCAGAUGAAACGAGGAAAACCGCAAAACAAAAUGCCACAAAAAUAUCAAAAUCUAACAGCUACAAAAAACACACACAUAUGUUUAAUUAAUUAAACUUAACAAUUAAUUGUGUAAAAACGAAAAACAAAAGCCACAAAAAAAAUUAACUAUCUGUGUAAAUGCGUAGGUUUUAACGUUUGCCGUUUCAAUUUCAAAACUUAUAUUAAAAAUACCAAAAAAAUGCAAUAAAAUUUUCAAAAUGAAUAUGCAAAAAAACCCAUAAGAAAAACACACAAGGAAAAUGACAAAAAAACGUAUAAUAUAAGCAACAGAAACGAUUUUGUUAAUGUAGCUAAGAAAACCAUUUUAUUUAUUUAACAAUCAAAAACACACACACACACACGAUUACUUUACGGUA